GCGAGAUACCUAUACUGAAAAUAGUCAUUAAUGUACAAUCAUUUAUAGAUGAUGCCGAUUCGUUAAGGCGAAAGAGACAAAAGCUUAAUAACAGCUCGAGCUCCAUACUUUUCAAACAUGUAGCAGAAACUGAGAAGCAUGCUGGAAAUCAACCUAUUAGUUACAAUAUCGUCAAAGCUGAACCAGCCGAGCAGAUGUUACCAUUCGGUGGUCCAGGUACAAGUACAGGAGGUUUCACUCGACUGCAACCUGUAAGAUCAUCUUCGCAGUCACACAGCAGUAUGCAAACCUUAAGGCCUCAAGUAUCACCGGGGCGAACACCAUCCCCUAUGGAAUACAGCUCCUACAACCCAUCUCUGAUACAACAACAGUAUCAACCAAACAUUCAGUCUUUGAUGCAACAACCAAAUAUGCCGAUAACGACAGAUGUUCAACAAUUUUUAUAUCCAACGCAAUUACCUCAGCCGGAUCAGUCUCAAUUACAUCAGCCGGAACCAAACCUGCUAAUGUUAAACAAAGUAACACCAAAUCAAGGCGAAUUACAGCCAUUAAAUAACAUCGGGACCGCGGGAGCCACAUGUCUGCUAGACAUGGACAAUCAGCAAUACAAUUUUGACUGGAAUUCCGGUGAUCUCGCGGAUUUUGGAGCAAACCUAUCCGCGAAUUUGUCAACUGGAUUAUGCAUCUCCGAUUCCAUACAACCUGAGGCGAACAACACCGAAGAAAACGCCACGAAUGACGGUAUUUCUUGGAUAAAUCAAGAACUCUCCGAUUUGAAUAAGAUGCUCAAAACUAAACGAGAAAACAACGGCUGAGGACAUAACUAAAACCGCUUAUUAUCAAAAGAUACGACUUCGCACCUCAAGUAUAUAUAAUGUAUAAAAACACUACCGAGAGAGAGAGAGAGGCGUUACAAUUUGUCUUUUAUCCGAAUGGUAGACUCGUUGGUAGAAAUGAUAUAUAUUUUUUUAUUAUUAGCUAAUGCCAGAUUGGUCAUAAAGAAAUAACAGUUAAGAAAUUCAAGUUUUAGCAGCAGUUUUAUACACACAAGUGUAUAGCUCUCUUUACUGCCUUCAAAAAAAUUAAUUGAGUUAUUUCUUAUUUUAUAUAUAUAUAAAAGAAGAUAUAAAUUUUAUAUAAAGAAGAUAAAUUUGUUUCGAUACUUAGUCUACAUCUUGUUUAUAUCUACGCUCAAUUUAUACAGUUUAUACAUUGUUAAAAAUGUUUAGACUGUUGUGACAAUGAACAAAAAGAGACGCUCUGUUUUAGCAAAAUAUUAUCGGUGCACAAUUAUUGCAUACUCAUCGGUGAGUAUUAGCCGAAAAUAUAUUAUGACCAUCUUGAUAUUUAGUUGCACAAUUUAUCUGAUAAUUAUGCACAAUUUAGCAUUAUCUACCCAGGAUAAAUUGUUCAGUCGGUGAUUAGAAACCGACAUUGGCGCGAAACGUUCGUUUGCCGACGUUACAGAUUGAGACGUUAUUGAAGCAAUUUUGAUACGAAAUACUGAUUGCGUGGUGUGUGAGGUAAUGCUCUGACUGUGAUCAAAGUUCAUAACUUGUUUUUCAUACGUAUAUAGAUUGCACGAUAGUCUUCGCGACGAAGGGAAUUACGCGCAAUAACCAAAAGAAAUUGUGUCCAAAUGGAUACUGUAAAGUGUAAACGAGCAGGCUGGCAAUACUGUAAAUUAUUAUAUUAGAUAAAUAUUCGUAUUAGGUAAAUAUUUUCUAUGUUACCACAUUUUUAUCCUUUUUGCACAGCUAUAUGUUUCUACAAAACCGCACUUUGUACAAUCAUACAUUUGACACAUGAUCGUUAUAUUUAGGAUUAACGUUUACUCAAAAAGAGCGAAGAAAUGUUGAGAAGUCAACAUACUCAAAAAUUUUUGAUAAACGUUCCGUCCAAGUACUUUGUUUUACAUCUUACAGGAGCUUUACGAAUAAUAUGUAAGAGAUAAAGUGCAAUUCUCUAAUCUAUCGAACAAUUUUAUUAGAUUAAGUAACAUAGCAUCGUUUUGGUGUAAAAUAUAUUUUUACAAUCACCUCAGGUAAUUUAUUAGCGUGCAGGAAAUAUUGCAAGGAAUCAUCUUAUAUCUAAGAACUUAUACUUAAUUAUUUGCCAUAUACCUGUAAUGUAAAUAAAAAGUUGUUAUAAAUAUAAGAGUGAUAUUUAGCUUUAACAAUCUCGUGUAAAUUUUAUUGGUGUUUAUACAUUGUGUCAUGCGUAAGUGUGUCCUUUAUUGAUGAAAGUAUCGUCAUAGACAUCGGAUGGAAAUCGAACGCAAUGGGAAAUGAAGGAAACAGUAAGACGAUACAUUCACGCAUCGAUUCUUAGUUUACUGUGAUGGAUCAUUUUGUAAGCACUUAAUAUCCUGUUUAAAGAUACAACAAAAGUGCAUAUUUACAGUUUUACGAUUGCAUAUUUACAUAACAUCGAUCGAUAAGUAGCGCUCUCUCGUAUACUUGGCGUGAAAAAGUCGGCGGUAAACGCUCGGAUUAUCUCAAUGUAGCUUACAUACAUGUGUAUAUAUACGGCAUACAACUGUCGUAUAAUACUAC